AUGCCCGGAGCGUCACAUCCCAGCCAUCGUGAGCAAAACUUGUUCGUGGAAGCCAGCGCCUUGGCGUCGGCCGCGGGGAUCGAUCAACGUCCAAGCCUUGAUUUUCUGUCGACGGGAUACUCCAGGCCUAGCGCAUUCACGCUCGGCCAUGUAGAAUGGGGACGCAGUGUCUUGGGUGCGGGAAUAAGCAGCUGGGGCAGGUCUAGGCGGUUUGCUCCCCGGCUCUGGGAUAAAGGGAUUGGCAACGCGGAUUCUUCCAUGUCGCCCACAAGCCGACAAACUAUCGAGCUUCAAGGACCGAGUCGGGUUUGCAGGUGUCGUGCCUCCUCUGCCGCCUCUUCCAGGAUUACGCGCGCCGGAGCCUUUGCUGUCCGCCAGGAGAUGGGAUCAAGUUUACGGCGUGCGAUCGACUCUAAAGGCUGCAGACACACCGAGGGGGGGCGAGAAAAUGUCAUCUUGAUUUCGGUUUCCUAG